AAGCCCGCGCGAGCGGAACUGACGUCAUAAACUGCGCGCAUGGAUGUUGACGUCAUAAAUCGGCGCCAACGAACGGCCGGCCGGCAGGCCUCGAGUGGGUGAUGGACGAUGAGGAGGAAACUUACCGUUUGUGGAAGAUCCGGAAAACCAUUAUGCAGCUUUGCCAUGAUCGUGGAUAUUUGGUGACGCAAGAUGAAUUAGAUCAGACACUGGAAGAAUUUCGGGGUCAGUUUGGAGAUAAGCCAAGUGAAGGGCGGCCACGACGUUCAGACCUGACUGUGCUUGUUGCUCAUAACGAUGAUCCCACUGAUCAGAUGUUCGUUUUCUUUCCAGAGGAACCAAAAGUUGGGAUCAAAACCAUUAAAAUGUAUUGUCAACGCAUGCAGGAAGAAAAUAUUACCAGGGCCAUCAUUGUGGUACAACAGGGGAUGACACCCUCAGCAAAACAGUCCCUUGUUGACAUGGCUCCUAAGUAUAUCCUUGAGCAAUUCCUGCAACAGGAACUCCUAAUUAACAUUACAGAACAUGAGCUUGUUCCAGAGCACAUCGUCAUGACCAAGGAGGAAGUUACGGAGCUGCUGGCACGAUAUAAAUUAAAGGAGAGCCAAUUGCCAAGAAUACAAGCAGGUGAUCCUGUGGCACGAUACUUUGGAUUGAAGAGAGGACAGGUGGUCAAGAUUAUAAGACCUAGUGAGACUGCAGGAAGGUACAUCACCUACAGACUUGUGCAGUGAAGCAUACUGCAUGAAAAUGACAUUGAUCAAAGAAAACUAGCAUUGAAAACUUCAAGCUGCUGCAUUCUACUUGUUCCUAACUUGAGCAAAGGGUUGGUCUUUCAGUUUGUUCAAUUAGCUAUUUUUUUAAAUAAACACUAUUUAUAAA